AUGGAAGCCGACAUAGAGUUUGUAGCCCCUUGUCAGAGAGAAAUUGAUGCUUAUGUGCAAAAUAAUGUCACUGUUUUUGCCUACUCCUUCGAUUAUAUUCCUGACAGCCCAAUAUUCGAAGAGGAGAAGAAAACUUUUAACCUAUUUGGAAGAGAUCCGGUGACAGUUUUAAGAAAAGAUCAAACGCUAAAAGGUGGGCCAUCAAAUAGAUGUUAA